AUGGCUCAAAGGGCAUUUAUUUCACCUAACGAGCGCGGCAUCUUCUCGGCUCAGAGCCGAGGAGAGCACCACCAGCAUCAUCACCACCCACGGCUCCCCAGCGUGGAGGAAAAAGUGCCUGUGAUCAGACCCAGGAGGAGAUCUAGCUGCGUAUCCUUGGGGGAAACUUCGGCCAGCUACUAUGGCAGCUGCAAAAUGUUUAGGAGACCCUCGUUGCCUUGCAUUUCCAGAGAGCAGAUGAUACUUUGGGAUUGGGAUUUGAAGCAAUGGUACAAGCCCUAUUAUCAGAAUGCUGGCAGUGGAAAUGGAGUUGAUCUUUCAGUACUAAAUGAGGCUCGGAGCAUGCUAACAGACCUCCUGACUGACCCAUCCCUUCCACCACAAGUGAUUUCUUCUCUUCGAAGCAUUAAUAGCUUGAUUGGUGCUUUCUCAGGCACGUGCAGGCCAAAGACUAGUCCAUUCACACCAUUUCCUGGUUUCUUCCCCUGUCCUGAAAAACCUGCUGAAAAAGGAGAUCGAAAGUUGCUCAAGGGAUUAAAUAGCAGGAAUAGCCUGCCAACAUCACAGCUGAGACGAACUUCAGGAGUUUCUGGCAUUCCACCUAUAGAAUCAACAGCAUCUAGAUGGGAACGGAGUAACACCAAGAGAUCUCAUCAGGAAUAUAGCACAUCCAGCCAAGGAUCUCAUUCAAACGGGUCUUUUGGUGCAAACUUGCUGACGAUACCAAAACAAAGAUCAACUUCUAUAACAUUGACUCAUCAUAUAGGUCCCAGACGAGCAGGUGCUUCUUCUGGCCUGAGUCCUGUGGGUUCACCUAGUCAUGGAUCUGUCUCCAGUGGGGCUUUCAGCAGCUGGUCACCUGUAGAAUUUCCUGAUACUGCUGAUUUUCUUACAAAACCAAGUAUUAAUAUACAUAAGCCUCCAGGACACACAUUUAGCUCUUCAGAUUUUCAGCAGCAAGUUAAAACACCUCUAGGUUAUAUGUGUAGCAGCUGUGGACGUCAGAUACUCAAGCCUGUUCCAACACCAGAACCAGAAUUUGCAGAAUAUAAAGACAGAAAAUCAGGUGAAAUUGGAAGUGCUAAUGUUUCAAAAGAAUCUUUCCACCAUACAGAGAAGAAAAAAGAUGAAAGGAAGGAAAUGAUCGAUCAAACACAAAAUAAUCUGCUUGUGGAGCAGAGUCCUACAUUAGAAACAAUGUUAUUAGACCAUGAUUCACUAAUGGAGAAGAUGAACAAUUGGAAUUUCCAAAUUUUUGACCUUGUACAAGAAAUGGGAGACCAGUCUGGAAGGAUCCUUAGCCAGGUAACUUAUACCUUGUUUCAAGACACUGGUUUGUUUGAAAUUUUCAAAAUUCCAACUCAAGAAUUCAUGAAUUACUUCUGUGCACUAGAAAAUGGCUAUCGAGAUAUUCCCUAUCACAAUCGUAUACAUGCCACAGAUGUUCUUCAUGCAGUAUGGUAUCUGACAACGCGGCCCAUUCCUGGAUUUCAGCAAAUGCAUAAUGAGCAUAUAAUGGAAAGUGAUAUGGAUGAAGACAGUGGUAUUGCCCCUGUUCAAGUCAGCUAUAUUUCUUCAAAAAGUUGUUCUAUUGCUGAUGACAGUUAUGGUUGUCUGGCAUCAAACAUUCCGGCUUUGGAAUUGAUGGCUUUAUAUGUAGCAGCAGCCAUGCAUGAUUAUGAUCAUCCUGGUCGUACAAAUGCUUUUCUAGUGGCUACAAAUGCACCUCAGGCUGUUCUCUACAAUGACAGAUCAGUCUUAGAAAAUCACCAUGCUGCUGCUGCCUGGAAUCUUUUCUUAUCACAACCAGAAUACAACUUCUUAUCAAAUCUUGAUCAUGUAGAAUUCAAGCGUUUUCGUUUCUUAGUGAUUGAAGCAAUCCUUGCCACUGAUCUCAAGAAGCAUUUUGAUUUUCUUGCAGAAUUUAACGCCAAGGUCAAUGAUAUCAACAGUCAUGGUAUAGAAUGGAGCAAUGAAAAUGAUCGCCUACUGGCCUGUCAAAUAUGCAUCAAACUGGCCGAUAUUAAUGGCCCAGCAAAAGUUAGAGAGCUGCAUCUGAAAUGGACAGAAGGCAUUGUUAAUGAAUUUUAUGAACAGGGUGAUGAAGAAGCAAGUCUUGGAUUACCCAUAAGCCCCUUCAUGGAUCGUUCUUCUCCACAGCUUGCAAAACUGCAAGAAUCUUUCAUCACUCACAUAGUUGGCCCCCUUUGUAAUUCCUAUAAUGCAGCUGGGUUGCUUCCUGGGCAAUGGGUUGAUGAAGAGGAGGAGGAUGCAGAAAGUAUCGAAGAGGAUGAUGGAGCACAGUUAGAGAGUGAUGAUGAAGAAAUGGAAGAUGAUCUCAUUUUAAAAGCUCAAAGAAAAAAAGGUAGACGAAUAUUUUGCCAGCUAAUACACCAUCUCAGUGAAAAUCACAAAAUAUGGAAGAAAGUGAUUGAAGAGGAAGAAAAAAAUAAAGCUGAAGGAGCUAAACUGCUGACUGAGAUCUCAUCUUUACCUCAAGCAGAUGAAAUUCAGGUUAUUGAAGAAGCUGAUGAAGAAGAUGAGCGACAAGUAGGAGAAGACAAGACAUGCUAAGACGACUUCAGUAGUGUCCAGUAUGGUGAUAGUCUAUUUUUUUUUUCACUGUGCUGACUGUAGCCUGACACAGUUCACACGAAGUUGAAAGGCCUUAAUACUGUGAGAGGAUUCUUUCUACUCUAGUGGAAUCCCACUCCUAUGCACUUUCGCCACACAGAAUAUGAAACUUUAUUCAAAGAUUGAGUAUUGUAUACCCUGAUGCAACCUUCUUUAUGCCUUAUUUGGUAUAAAAUAUCCUGAUAUUAUGCUGCCUUGCUGAAUACGGAACUCUUCUUUUCCUUGAGGUACCUGCAAUUUUUAAAAACAUUCAGUGACUUCAGUUACCAAAGUGGCAAGAACUUUUGCUCACAAGGAAAUGUGGGAUGAAUCCUAAUAUUGUCUUGAGUUCUUUAUCUCAUGUUGUUUUUGAACAUGAAUAAGAAAAAGUCUGUGCCUAUAUGAAAACUGUGUUACUGUUGCAGUGCAAGCCUGUUGUGGGGUGUCUACUUAGUGCAGUAGGGUGCUUAAUGUAGUCAUCUCAGCAACUGUUCAAGGACUGUGACAAAAAUGCUGAAUUCUGAUAUUUGUGGUUUAAAAAAGAAAAAAAUAUCCAGGUGCAUCUA